AUGGCAAACCAGAAAAGGAACAGGGCUCUUCUCAUCAUCAAUUACGACUUCUACAGAAGCCAGAAGAAGCUCACGGACAGACCUGGUGCGAAGAACGAAGCCGACAGACUCUUCAAAGCAUUAUCGGAUUGCAAUUACGCUGUGCAAUUGCGCUAUGAUUUGACAGCUAAGGAAAUACAAGAACUUUAUGAGAAAGAAUGUGAUGCAGAUCAUGGGGACUAUUUUGUAAGCAUCCUAUCCAGCCACGGAGAGGAAGGUGUCAUACUUGACUGUGAAGGACAACCAGUUCAGCUAACACAGAUUUUCCAUGCUCUGUCUUCACCAAGGAGCCAUAAACUGGCUGGAAAACCCAAAAUCUUCUUCAUACAGGCCUGCCGUGGAAAGGAAAUUGAUCCUGGCGUGUGGUUGCAGACGGAUAGUGGUGAGCCACAGACAGACUGUUUCUCACACUACCUUUCUAUCCCAGAAGAAACUGCAGUCAUGUUUGCUUGUAGUCCAGGCUAUGCGGCUUUUAUCAAUAGAUGGGAAUCCAUGUUCCUCAAGGCUUUAUUGGAGUUUCUAGAAGGAGAGGAACGUCAACUCGAACUUGCCCGUUUAAUGACCCGGAUUAACUGGAAGAUUGCGUUUCAUUGUGAGGCCAAGGGAAAAUACAGCGGUGGUAAAGAGAUGCCCUGCUUUGUCACUAAUAUGGUGAAAGAGGUUUUUCCUUUCUCUUCGCAAAGAAGGCUAAGCUCUAGCCAGUAGUCAAGCCCACUGA